UCAUGCUGCUGCCAGGUCCAGCUAGUGUCUCAUGGGUCCCUGUACGGCCUCCCAUUGCUGCUGUCUCCAUCGCCACACUCUGCCAUGUGCCACUUUCAGGUCUCCUCACACUGCCUGGUGGGUUCCAUUUUGUCAUAGGGUGCUGGCAGAUUACGGGCCUCCCAUUGCUGCUGCCAGGCCCGUAAUCUGCCAUGGGCCCCCGUACCGCCUCCUCAUGCUGCUGCCAGGUCCAGAGUGUCUCAUGGGUCCCUGUACGGCCUCCUAUUGCUGCUGUCUCCAUCGCCACACUGUUGCCAUGUGCCACUUUCAGGUCUCCUCACACUGCUGGUGGGUUCCAUUUUGU